UACCAGGCUUGCUUUCUUUCUUAUAAGGUUUUCGAGAUUUUCAAGAGUCGAGGGACCGAGGAAGUUAAUUAAUUUUUGCAUGCAUGUGAUCAGAAUUUCCCUAUAAAUGGGGGAACUGGUUCUUCAUGAAAAUUAACUAGCAAUGGCAUACCAAAACAACGUCCUAUCAUCGGCUAACCAAAACAGCUUCCUAUCAAUGGCUAACCAGAACAACCAGUUUCUGAUGAUUACUGGUGCCGAUUCUAAGUUAAAUGAUUACGUGAAUACUCCAACCUGUCCCGAUGUCAAGCGCGCCGAUUUUCCCGAAGAUUUCGUAUUUGGGGCUGCGACAUCUGCUUAUCAGGUUGAAGGUGCUUGGAAUGUGGAUGGUAAAGGCUUCAGUAAUUGGGAUGAUUUCGCACUGAGAUUUCCUGAGAAAAUUGAAGAUGGGAGCAAUGGGUGUAUUGCUAUUGAUCAGUAUAAUUUGUUCAAGGAGGAUGUAUCUUUGAUGAAGAAAAUAGGUUUGCAAUCUUACAGAUUUUCAGUCGCAUGGACUAGAAUCUUACCAGGUACCAACGUCAUUUCGAUAAAGUUAAUAGAAAAAUGA